AUGGACAGUAAAGAGGUUCAAACACACGUUAAGAACCUGGAAAAGAACAAAGCUAAUGAUGCGGUUGUUCUGGAAAUUUUAACUAUCCUAGAUAAGGAACUUCAACCGACCGAAAAGCUCCUCAGAGAGACGAAGGUGGGUGUGUGUGUGAAUCAGUUCAAGAAAUCUAGUAAUGCUAAUAUCGCCAAGCUGGUCAAGAAAAUGAUAGGUCAAUGGAGGGAUGCGAUAUCUAAAGAAAAAAAAAUGCGAGUUUCUGCGAAAAGUUCUGUGGGAACUUCGGCCGGAACAGUAGGAAUAAGUGCAAGGUCCGGAAACAGUUCUGAGCCCUUUAAACAUGAGAAGUACGUUUCUAGCAAACCUCGGAGCGCCAAAAAUGAUGGUGUUUUAACUACUGUUUACAAUCAUAAGUUGAGAGACACCAUGGUAAAAGCAUUUUACGAUGCUCUGGCCAAAGACAGUGAACAUCCACCACAGUCGAUUUUAACCACUGCCAUUUCUAUCGAAAAAGCCAUCAAUGCGGCCAGCAAUUGCGAUGAAAACGAAAAGGCGUACAAGGACAAGUACCGUGUCAUUUACUCGAACAUCAUCUCCAGAAACAAUCCAGAUCUAAAGCAUAAAAUCAAUAACGGCGAUGUAACGCCGGAAUACUUAGUGAACUGCGAUCCAAAAGAACUGGCACCAGCCCACUUGAAGAAGAAACUAGAAGAAAUUUCCAGACAAAAUUUGUUCAACGCUCAAGGCGCUACAUUGGAACGUUCCGUGACAGAUAGGUUUACUUGCGGGAAAUGUAAAGAAAAAAAGGUUUCUUACUACCAGCUACAGACCAGAUCUGCUGAUGAGCCACUCACCACAUUUUGCACCUGCGAAGUAUGCGGAAACCGCUGGAAAUUCUCCUAA